AUGACCCCUGCAGGAGUGCGACAUGCCCCCUGCGAGUGCGACACCCCCGAGGACGUAGAUUAUACCAUCACAAUGGAAGAACAGAUUAAUCUUCUUCUAGAAGCCAAAAUUCAGUGUGAGUUAAACAUCUCAUCUCAGCUCCGUGAAGAAGAAGGAGGUGAAUGCUUUCCAGAAUGGGAUGGUCUAAUUUGCUGGCCAAAGGGGUCACCAGGGAAAACAUUAGCUGUCCCAUGCCCUUCUUAUAUAUAUGACUUCAAUCACAAAGGUAUGGCAUUCAGACACUGUAGCUCAAAUGGAACAUGGGCUUAUGUGCAAAGCUUAAACCGAACAUGGUCCAAUUAUUCGGAAUGCCUUCAUUUCCUGAAGAGAGAAAUCAGCCCAGGGAAGAGGGAAUUCUUUGAACGACUCUACGUUAUGUACACAGUUGGGUACUCCAUCUCCUUCAGCUCCCUGGCAGUGGCCAUUUUCAUCAUUGGCUAUUUCAGGAGGCUCCACUGUACCCGGAAUUACAUACAUCUCCAUUUAUUUGUCUCAUUUAUGCUCAGAGCUACCAGCAUCUUUGUUAAAGACAAAGUAGUUCAUACUCAUAUAGGAGUCAAAGAGCUUGACACAGCAUUCAUGGGCGAUCCACGAGAUGUGAUAGUGGCUCCAGUCACAGACAGGUCUCAAUAUGUGUGGUGCAAGAUUGCCGUGGUGAUGUUUAUUUAUUUCCUGGCAACCAACUACUACUGGAUCUUGGUCGAAGGCCUCUAUCUCCACAGUUUAAUAUUUGUGGCUUUCUUUUCGGAUACCAAGUACUUGUGGGGGUUUACCUUAGCAGGCUGGGGGUUUCCAGGUAUCUUUGUAGUGGCCUGGGCGGUGGUUCGAGCAACUGUGGCAGAUGCAAGAUGCUGGGAGCUCAGUGCUGGAGAUCUGAAAUGGAUUUACCAAGCUCCAAUUUUAGUAGCCAUUGGGUUAAAUUUUGUACUGUUCCUGAAUACUGUACGGGUUCUAGCAACAAAAAUUUGGGAGACAAAUGCCGUUGGCUAUGACAUAAGGAAGCAAUAUAGGAAACUAGCAAAAUCCACUUUGAUUCUGAUUCUUGUCUUUGGAGUACAUUACAUUGUGUUCGUAUGCCUGCCUCACACAUUCACUGGUCUGGGCUGGGAGAUCCGGAUGCACUGUGAGCUGUUCUUCAACUCAUUCCAGGGUUUCUUUGUCUCUAUCAUCUAUUGCUACUGCAAUGGAGAGGUACAGACGGAGAUCAAGAAAACCUGGGCAAGAUGGAACCUGGCUAUGGAUUGGGAGAGGAAAGCUCCAUGUGGGAGCUACCGCUAUGGCUCUGUCCUUACAAACAUGAACCACAGCACCAGCAGCCAGUCUCAGAUGGUGACUAGUUCUCGCAUGAUACUGAUAUCUAGCAGAGCCUGCAAAAAUGUCUCCAGACCAAAUGACACCCACAUAAAUUUGCCUGGGUAUGUUAGAAGCAACUCUGAACCGGACUGCCUGUCCCAUGGAGUCCAUGAAGAGGCUAAUGAAGACGAAGAGGGGAAGCUGGGUGCCUUUCCUCCUCAGAAGCCUCUUAGGCUUCAGAACAACCACACGGGUUCUCCAGAGGAAAAGGAGAACCAAGUGGAAAUCGAGGCAGCAUUUUAACCAAGGCAGAUGUAGUGCACAUAUAGGACCCUUGACUUCAUAUAAUGGUAUUGGAGUGUUCUUCUACCCAGGCAGCUAAGCUCUCCACCAGAGCCUGCUAUCAUGGCUCAUCUUUGAAGGCCUCUUCAAUAAUACAGCUCACUUCAUAUGAAGUUCUAUUGAGCCAAGAUAAUGUAACCUAAUGGCAUCUUCUCUGGCAGUGACUCUACGAUGUUUCCCAGCCUAAUACCUGAGAUACUUUUGAAUGCAGAGCAUGCAAUAUUAUAUUUGCGAAUGUGGCUUGUACCACAGAGCUACGAUAGCUCUUCCUCACAAGCACUUCUGAAAUGUCUUAUGUGUUCCCAGGAUAGCUUAUCAAGAUUUUUUUUUCUGCUGUAAACAAUGUCCGUGUCAACACCAAGGAGUUCAACAUACUGUGCCCCAUGUCUUCUUGAGUUUCCACUGAGUAGGAAUUUUAACUAGUGUAGUAAUGUGGGAUUGCGCCAUUUACAGAAGUAUUGUUCAAGUGGUUAUCUCCAUGAAGAAAUUUUGACUUCCAUUUGUAUAACAGCAACAGCACAAGGGGCAUAAUCUUGUGUUAUAGCACCGACAGGUCUUUCUUCUUAGUAGAAACUCAACAGGAUACUGAUGAAUUGAAUUUAAACUAAGGAGAAUUCUUUUCUGCUAAUUGCAUUCUCUCUCCCUCUCUCUUUUUCCUGCUAACUGAAUUCUUUCCCUCUAAUGGAAAAUCCAUAAUCCACACAUAAUCCACUAAGAACAGUUCUAAAUUGUGGGUAUCUACUUUGAUUGUAAACAAAUUUGGGCCCAAUUUGAAUAUAGCAAACGCACACUAAUGCCCACGUACCUUAGAAAAUAGAGCCAAAAGUCAUCAUUGAUUUUUUUUGUUCCAAAUUAUAAAUAUUUUCAUUCCAAACAUUUUCUUCAGUUGCAUUACACAUAUUUCCCUCUGUUAUUUCAAAAUUCCAGACAAAAACAAGUUUGGGCUGUUCUUCUUCAAAUAAAUCUUUCAUUGGUUACCUACAUGAUCUCCUAAUUUAUGAAUAUUUAGCACAGGUUGCAUUGAAUUGUACUUUUGUUGAGGAACCCUUAAUACUAAUACUAAAAUCUGAGAAACAGA